AUGACUGCGGACGGCAACCUGGAGAGAAUCCGGGAGGAUCUAAUUCGGCGCGCACGAAUGGAGAGAGGUCUUGACCUGGAGCAGGGUCUCCCGCAUGGGAACUCUCCCGAAGAACGGGGCGAGGAUGAGGAGCGAGCUCGCGGAGGCCUGGCAGGCCUGUUCACCCGCAUGAACGAGCGCAGGCAGCAACGGCAGCAAAUGCCCGAGGUCGAGGUUGUCGAGGAGCCCAAAUCACCAGUUGUCGCUCAGCAGGGAGCUGGCCAUCGGUUCACCCUCCCCAGGUUCAGCCGCUUCUGGGCCAGCGGCGCCAACGGGCCAGGAUCUCCAGCACCAUCGCACUCCGAGUGGCCAUCUGCUCUUCCGACUUUUAAUACAGACUACCAAGCGGGGGGGCUUUCCCCCCCGCCACAGCUAGCCACGCAUGCUCGGUCGACGAUCCGGGCACCCUCGAGCUUCUACUCAAGCAUGGAGGAUGUGUCUACCAGCCAGGAUACAUCCUCCUCACGGCCAAGGCAUGAGCGUCGGCAUGGUCGCCGCCGGCAUAAACACAAGAAGAGAGGCCAUCGUGGGAGUCGGAAGCGAUCGAAGAAGCAGCCGAAGAGGUUUCUAGGUUGCUUCCCCUGGGUCAAGUCGCGAGAGAUGCGUGCCCAAAUCCUACGAUGCUUCGUCACCGGUUUAUUCUUGGUCUCUCUUCUAUCAGUUUAUCUCGCUCUAUCGUUAACAAAGAACAUUCAAAUGGGAGACUUCACUAUUGUUCUGAUCGUCAUCAUUGUCUUGGGCACACUGGUAUUCUGCUAUGGUCUGGUCCGUCUGUGCGUCUUGGUUCUACGACGAGAUCGUGAGCGGGUGCGGGCGACAAGCCGACCGGAACCGUGGACACCCGGCGUAUACACGAUUCCCGAGCAACCGAUCCAGGUUCGACUGGCCAGCGACGAGGAGGCGGUGGGUGCUGUCAAGGACAAAAAGAAAGUCACUCCACCCGCAUAUGGCAUGUGGAGGGAGAGUGUGCGGGCUGACCCCGAUCGGUUAUAUUGGAAGCGCAACGAGGAGACAGUUCCAAGUAUGCCAGAACCGACGGCGGCGAGAGCUGGUCCUCGGCCGCCGUCUUAUGCUUCGGACGAUGGUGUAUCAUAUGUGGUCGAGGCUGUUCCUCGAUCGGUUGCACCAUCAUCCACAGAAUCAAUGCCACCUCAUCCCUCUGAAGUUGAUAGAAUUGGCCACGACAGAGCGGCCUGGUAG